CCCACUCUCCGCUCCAUCCCAAUUGCUUCCGCCAUGUUUCUCCAGCGCUCGGCCAUGGCUGCCGCAAGGCGAGCCGCGCCCCGCAUCAUCGCCAGACGCACCUUCGCCAGCUCUAUUGUGCGCCGCAAGGAUGUGGGUAACGAGGCGACUUCCACGUCGUCGGCAGAUUCGAGCUCAGCAUUCGAUGUAGCGAAGGGGUUUAAGAAGCUUGAUGACAUCAAGACCCAAGAAGACCUCCUCCCCCCCGGUGCAAAACCUGGAACCGUUCCCACCGACCUCGAACAAGCCACCGGCUUGGAGCGUCUCGAAAUUUUGGGAAAGAUGCAGGGUGUUGAUGUCUUCGACAUGAGGCCUCUGCCGGCGGACCGUACUGGCACAUUAGAGGAUCCCAUCGUCAUCAACUCCGCCGGCGAGGAGCAGUACGUCGGAUGCACAGGCUGUCCCGCGGAUUCGCACAACGUUCUCUGGGUCACGAUAUCUCGAGAGGACCCCAUCGGCCGUUGCAUGGAGUGCGGUUCCGUCUACAAGAUGCACUACAUCGGCCCUCAGGAAGACCCCCACGCUCAUGAUCACGGUCAUCACCACGAGAAUCCCCACCAACGACCAAAGAACAUGGGUGAUUUCAUCAAGGACGAGUACAAGUACGCAUAAGCUACAAAAUCUAGUGCUUAUACGUUUGAACAACCUUGGAAAUUUUAGAGGGUCGGACAUGUAUCUAUACAGAUUUGAGCAGAGAUCCUCUCGGAUCUGCUUGGAGGAGCGCAAGCUUGUAGCAUAGUCAGUCUGCCGGGAAAUGAAAUGGAGUGGUUCCUUUGUCUCGUGUUUAGAACGAAAGAACUUGUUUUUCCUA